UCUCUUUCCCGCCGAUGGGCGGGAGGAGGGUAUUGUUUCUGCAUAAAGAUGGCGGCGGUGAGGAGGAGUCUUUUGCAGAGUUUGGCAAUCCAAGUUGCAAGUUAGAAAUUAACUGAAUCAAGAGAGGAAGAUCAUGCUCAUAUUAUUCACCAAGUGUGCAUGGAAAAAGUAGAAAAAGUUAAUGUUUUCCCACUCCUGAUAUAGUCCAGGAAUAUAUAUGUACUUUUCUUCAGUGCCAAGAACAAAUGCCUCAUUUAAUUGUGUCUCAGGGAAAGAAAUUAAGUGAAAUCAAAACAUGGUUCUCACAGUUCUUCAUGUAUGUUGCCUAAGAUGCAGCAAACCAGUCAGGAGCAACUUUCAAGCUGGACAGAUGACUUGCCUCUCUGUCAACUCUCUGGUGUCGGUUCAGCCUCUAAUCGCUCCUACACUGCUGAUGGAAAGGGCACUGAAACUCAUCCCUUAGAGGAUAACUGGUUGAAAUUCAGGAGUGAGAACAAUUGCUACCUCUACGGAGUUUUUAAUGGUUAUGAUGGUAACCGAAUCACAAACUUUGUGGGAGAGCGGCUUUCUGCAGAACUCCUGUUGGGCCAGCUGAAUGCAGACCAGGAUGAGGCAGAGGUGCGCAGAAUCUUGCUGCAGGCCUUUGAUGUGGUAGAAAGAAGUUUCUUGGAGUCUAUUGACGAUGCAUUGGCAGAAAAAGCCAGUCUUCAAUCCCAAUUACCAGAGGGGGUUCCUCAUCACCAGCUGCCUCCUCAGUACCAGAAAAUCUUGGAGAGGUUGAAGGCUGUAGAAAAGGAAAUCUCUGGAGGAGCCAUGGCCAUUGUGGCAGUGAUUCUUAACAACAAGCUUUAUAUCGCUAAUGUAGGAACAAACCGUGCACUUUUGUGCAAAUCUACCAUGGAUGGAUUGCAAGUGACACAGCUCAACAUGGAUCACACUACCGAGAACGAGGAUGAAUUAUUCCGCUUUUCGCAACUGGGUUUGGAUGCAGCAAAAAUAAAGCAAGUAGGAACCAUAUGUGGGCAAGAAAGUACUCGGCGCAUUGGAGAUUAUAAGGUCAAAUAUGGCUACGGUGAUAUUGAAUUUCUUAGUGCUGCAAAAUCUAAGCCAAUCAUAGCAGAGCCUGAAAUCCAUGGUGGGCAUCCAUUAGAUGGCGUCACAGGCUUUCUUGUGCUUAUGUCAGAAGGACUCUACAAAGCUCUAGAAGCUGCUCAUGGACCUGGACAAGCCAAUCAGGAAAUUGCAGCCAUGAUUGCUACAGAGUUUGCCAAGCAAACUUCAUUGGAUUCUGUGGCUCAAGCAGUUGUGGAUCGAGUUAAGCGUAUUCACUGCGAUACCUAUGCCAGUGGUGGUGAACGGUCCAAAUUCUGCUCUCGGCACGAAGACAUGACAGUCCUAGUAAGAAAUUUUGGGUACCCUUUAGGGGAGAUGAGCCAGCCCACGUUGACUCCAACACAAGGUGGACGUGUUUAUCCUGUGUCCGUGCCAUACUCUAGUACUCAGAGUACAAGCAAGACCAGUGUAACAUUAUCACUUGUCAUGCCUUCCCAAGGUCAGAUGGUCAAUGGUGCCCACAGUAGUUCCACGCUAGAUGAAGCCACACCCACACUUACCAAUCAAAGUCCUACUGUGACCCUUCAGUCUACUAACACUCAUACCCAGAGUAGCAGCUCAAGCUCAGAUGGAGGGCUUUUCCGUUCUCGUCCUUCUCAUUCUCUCAGGCCAGAUGAAGAUGGACGUGUUGAGUCCUAUGUGGACUUUGCAGAGUUUUACCGCCUUUGGAAUAUGGACCACAGUGAACAGGGGACACUCACUGUGCAAUAAUGCAUGGAGACCAGCCCCUGUGAAUUCCCACCAGACAGUAGGUUGCAAUUCAUCUCUUGGCUGACAAUAUUCUUCCACAAAGCAUGACCUUUUGAGACGAGGCUAACUUUGGGACAAAUUGCUAAUGUGAUUAUUUUCAUCCACUUGUCAAGCAUAUUUACACAUACUGAAUUCUUUUCUAAUGGUCUCUUCCACUGUGAAAUCCUGUGGGCAUUAGAGGGAGUUACAAACCUUUGCUGCAUGGCUAAAGUUAAGAACAGUCAGCAAUCAAGCUUCUCUUAUGGAUAAGUCCACAACAAGUGUGUGUGUGUGUAUAUGUGUGUAUGUAUGUGCAUGCUGUUGAAGGUGUAAAUCUGGGAAUACUGUAUCAUGAUAUGAAAGAUACCUCUGAUUUGCAAAAUAAAUGAUAACUUAUAGUUA